AUAUUGAGAAGGAAAAGGGUAAAACUCAAGGUCAUAUUCCAUGUUCAAGAAUUCCUGGUUCCUGGUGUCCCAUUCUGCGUUUUAGAAACAACCAUGUGCAAUCGAUACGGCUUCCUGUCAGGUGUCAUAUGACAUUUUAUCAUCUGCGUACUCGUCUAUAUUUUCCAAUCCAAACGAUGCAUUUUGAAUUUGAGACAAGGCCUUGAACUUUAUUAAUAUCUGUUUUCAAAAAGCCAUACAUGAACACAUAAAAUGGCGAUCUCAUUUGGAGGUUACGAUGAGGAAAGAUUCGUGAGUAAACUCGACGAUAGGCUACUUUGUCCGAUCUGCUUCAAGGUGGUCAAAGACCCAGUGCAAUGCCCGAACGAACACCAUUUUUGUCGCUCGUGUAUUCUGAGGUGUUUGAACGAAACUUCCGAAACCUGUCCAACUUGCAAUCACUAUCUCACGGAAGAAACCCUCGCCAAACCAACGAGAUUUUUUAUGCAAACGUUGGAGCGUCUCAUGAUUCAUUGCGAUCACGCAAGCCGUGGUUGUCGAGAAGUGGGCCAGCUUGAAUUUCUCGAUCGGCAUGUCGAGAGUUGUGGCUAUUCACCAACACGUUGUACAAACACGGGCUGUUCUGAAGUCAUCAACCGAAACGAGCAAGAACGACAUGAGAACGAACUUUGUCGUUUUCGUAGGAUUGUCUGUGACGAGUGCGGAGAAACUGUGAUUUGGAAUUCUAAACGUGUCCACUCUUGCUUUAUCAGAAAGGAAACGGACGAUUUGGUAAACAAUUUGAAGGAAUUUAAGCGUUCUCAAGACGAGUUGAAUCGCAAGUUGGUGGCCGAUAUUGCCCGUCAAAAUGUUGUCAUUGAUGAUCUAUGCCGUAGAAACCGGGAAGUGACCGAGAGGUGCGACUUGCUUUCUGGCAUGCGAAAGAUUUACGUCUGCGGAGGGCGGGAUGAAAAGCUUCGCCACAGAUCCGUAGAGUCUUUCAGUUGGCCUGAAAAUUCCUGGACACUAGAACCAGAAAUGAACCUGAUCCGAUCAGCUCCUGCAGCAUUUGUUUACCGGGGUAAAAUUUAUAUAACUUGCGGUUCGAAUGGAACUGAGUUUACGGAUAGCGUCGAAAGGUUGAAUGUAGUGAAAAACAUGAAAAAAUGGGUCAAGUCCUCUGUCAAAAUGCCUGUCAAGUGCAACGGUCACGGAAUGGUCAGUCACGAAAAUUCUGCAAUUUUCACUGGUGGACUAAUUGACAAAAACAACGCUUCUGAUGGAAUUUAUAAAAUUGAACUAACUUCCCCAUACACGACGACGUUAUUGACCCAGUUGCCAGAGAUGAGAAGUCACCAUGGUUGUCAGAUUAUUGACAACCAAGUCGUUGUUGCUGGUGGACGGACAUCAAACUACUGCAAGGACACUAAAAACACUGUAUUUGCAUAUGAUAUUAACAAUAAUGAAUGCAAAACCCUACCACCACUGCCAUUUCCUGUCUCUGAGAUGGCUACUGUUAGUUACAGAGGUAAUAUAAUUUUGAUCGGAGGUGUUAACGAGAAAGGCGAAACAUUGAACACAGUAUUCAUGUACGAAGUGAAAACAGGCAAAAUUAAGGAGUUACCUCGUCUUAAUAAUCAAAGAGCAGCAAGUGCAGCAGUUAUCACUGGCAAUAUGAUCAUUGUUAUGGGUGGCUAUUACUAUAAAACCAUAUGGCUAAAAAUUGUCGAGUGCUUGGAUUUAAGUAUAGAGAAGAGUGAAUGGAAAGAAUUGCCACCAAUGACGAAGGAGAGGGCUUAUGCAUCUGCAGUUCUUCUUUAAGACAUUGAAACAACAUUCAUUUGAAAAAAAUUAGGGUCAGUGAAGUAUUGCUAUGUAUAUGACUUAGCGAAAUAGUUAAAUCCUUUUGUUUCAAUUUAUACGAUUAGAAUACUAGAUAAUCAUUCUAUGGCGAGUACAAUUCGGGAUUAAUAAUUAGCACGAGUGAUGUUUGAUCAUUUUGGAACUUUAUUGGAGCAUUUCCGACCAUGUCUUUGAAAGCGAUAACGUUGUUUCUACAGAACAGAAUUUCCGAGUAAAAAUAAACAUGUUUAUUUAUAUUUUUCUUCAAGUAAACUUUAGGGGCGGGAGAAGUGGCUGGAAGAAGUAUUGAAUAAAAUCUGAUAUUAAUAUAUAAACAUUAAACCGUUUUCAGUUGAUAAUCUCAGCAUAUCUAUAGGUUGCACUUUGGACCACUAACAAGAUUUGACGAAGGAAAAUAACUUAAGUAGA